AUGAAGAGCGGAGAGGAGAGAGGGAGGGAAAGAACGAGGGAGGAAAGAAGAGGAAGGGAAAAGAAGGCGAAAGAGAAGAGGGGAGAGAAGAGGAGGAAGGGGAGAAGAGGGAGGGCAGAGAAGAAGAGGGAGAAGAGGAGGGCGCAGAGAAGAGGAGGGGGAGAGAGGAGGGGGAGAAAAGAGAGGGGGAAUAGAGGAGGGGAGAGCGAGAAGAGGAGGGAAGAAAAAGGGGAAAAAGAGCGAGGGAGAAGAGGAGGGAAAAGAGGAGAGAAGAGAGAAGAAGAGGAGGAGAGGGACUGGAGAAAAGAAAGAAAAGAAGAGAGAGAGAAAGGGUCGAAUACCUGGUAUCUUCGACUAGUGAUUUAA